AUGUCUGAAGAUAGCGAUUCAACAGCAGUGUAUACCGACUUAGCACCUAUUAUUAAUGAUGGAAUAGAAAUAGUUGAGACCAUCGUUACCGCCAACCAAUUCAUUCCUUUAUUGCGAGAAAUAUCAGAGUUUGCUAGUAGACUCUUAGAACUUUAUCAAAAUGCAAAAUAUAAUAGAAGAAUUUGUGGUGUGUUAAUGGUCAGAAUACAGUCAGCUCUUGCAAUUGAAGAAUUUAUUAAAAAAAUUCAAAACAUUAAUAAUUUUAGAUUAUUUUUUCAAUCAAAUUCCAUCAAACAAGAAUUUGAAGAGCUUACUAAUGAUUUCGAUGGUUAUAUGAGGUCAUUAAAUUUUACAAUGAUUAUCGAUAUGAAACAACAAUCAAAAAGAGACCUUGAUUCGAUAAAUAAAGAUACUAAUGAUGUGAAAGAGAUUAAAUCAAAUGAUAGUGAAUUAUUACAAAAAAUUAACAUAUCCGUACAAAAUAUUGAAAACUUUACGAGAAUUAGAAAUGCAUUUGAAAGUCGAGAUAAACAAGUACUUAUCCGUGAAGAAAUUAGUGCAAAUGCAUGUCUUAAUCUUGAUGAUUUUACUGUUAAUGAAGAAACUCCAAUUCGUGGAAAAGUUCGAAAAUGGCAUUACAAACCUUUCGGAGAGUAUGAAGUAGCUCUUAAAGAAUUAGAGUUAAAUAAACAAAAGCCUGAAAGGCUUGAUCUCCAAAUUGGUAUUUUGAAAACUAUUAAUGAAUCACGAGAUAUUAUUCAGUAUCUUGGUCUUGUUACAAUGAAUUCUAAGCAGUAUCUCGUUACCGAAUGGGCUGAAUAUGGAACCUUACGUGAAUAUUAUGAAAAGAAAAAUCCUGAUAUCACGGUUAGAUCUAGACUUGCCAUGGAAAUUGCACGUGGAUUAAAUUAUCUUGAAGCUUAUAAAAUAUAUCACCAUGAUGUUCGAAGUGAAAAUAUAUUAAUUGAUUAUCUUGAACGUGCAAAGAUCACAAAUUUCGAAUUGAGUCGUGUGUUUAGUGAAGCUGUGAGUAAGAGUAUUGAUGUUAGCAUGGAUAACGUACGAUAUAUGGCUCCUGAAAAAAUUAAAGAUCGUAAAAAUGUACGAUAUAACUCAAAAUGCGAGGUUUUCAGCUUCGGGAUGCUUUUAUGGGAACUUGCGGAACAAAAAGUUCCAUUUGCUGAUACUGGGCUUACAAUACUCGCAAUAAGUCAAUUAAUAGUAGACAACACAAUGAAUUUAAAAUUUUCAAGUAAGGACGUACCAGAAAGAUGGAAAGAUCUUGUAUAUGAUGCUACUUGUUUUAGACCCAGAGACCGUCCAGAAAUGAAAGAAGUACUUAGAAAAAUUAGGAAGAUAAAUGAAUCGAUUAAUACAACCACUACCGAUGAAUCAAAAUCAUCAGGUGAUUUAUCAUUAGAAGAAGCAAUUGAACAGACAAAACUUAAAAGUGGAUCUAAAGAUAGAGCUUGGAAAUCCAUCGUUAAAUAUUCAGAAUUAAAUGAUUUAACAGCAAAAUAUUGGAAAGGACAUUAUCUUUAUCAUAAAGUAAUUAACUUUCAAUACUCUGAUGAGGAAAGAACCAAACUUGCUGUUAAAUCAUUUAAAGAAGCUGCAGAUGGGGCGAAUCUUAAGGAAGCCCAAUAUAUGUAUGCAUCAUGUAUUUAUAAGGAAGAUCCGAUCACAGCGAUAGAAUACUAUGAAAAAGCUGCUGAGCAAAGUCAUACAGCCGCGAUGCAUAAUUUAGGUUUAUUAUAUUAUUAUGGCAAAAAAAUUGACGUAGACCAAGAAAAGGGUAUAUAUUGGUUCAGGAGAGCUGCAGAUGGAGAUUUGGAAGCUUCUAUUAACUUUUGUAAGAAAAAUGGAAUUACUCUUUAA